GGGGCGGGGCGGCGUGGCGGGGAUGGGGCAUUAUGGGCAGUGGAUGAUGAUGUGGCGGCAACACUCACCCGUGCCGCCUGACCACCCCCAGAACACCACCUCCAUCAUUGGAUCUCUGGCAAGCAUAUCAGCAGUGUCUAUUCUGAACGUGAUGCACAACGCCAUAACACUGCACAAGAGAACGGUGGGGGCCAAACAGCAGUGUCAGCCUUCACAACGGAUGAGGCAAUGUCGAUCCCACUGCCUCCAAAUCCUAAGUUCCCGCGUGCUUCUCUUCAUGACGCACUGCCCAGCCAUCCAGUCGCAGCUUCUGGACGACAACAGGCUGCGCUCCCUCGUGGCGGCCCUGGACACUACACACGAUCCGCAACUCCUGUGCGCUGUGUUGCAAGUAGUGGCCACCCUCGCGCUGUCACCUCACCACCACCCUGCCCUGCUCGCUGCCAAGGUCCCGGACGCUCUCACCCAGCUGAUCCUGCCCUCCGAUGAAUGGUUCUACACAAAUCACUCCACACGCCACGCCCGCUACGUGAAGCACCACGCGGCACGCACCUUGGUCUACCUCGGACUGCAGCACCGCGUCAAUCACCGCGUCAAUGUGUACGAUCUCUUGCUUGACGAGGCUCCUCCGCCAACGCCCUUGGGAGAAACCUCGGAGGAUGACUAUAUAAUGAUGACCUCCGCUCCCCCGCCCUUGGUCACCGCGCAGGACUCCAAACGCGUCCUGGGCAUGUCUGUGGAGGGCAUGGUGCUGCAUACUCUUCGCUCCCUCGAGAACGUGCCGGCGCCGUGCGGGGUGACGCCCACCAGCGAGGCCCGCAGCACCACGCCCCUGGAAUGGCUGCUCGACCCUCCCCCCCAAGACCCAGCCAGAGGUUCCGGGACGCUGCGGGGCACGCGGCGAGGGGCGUCGCGGGAGGAGGGGCCGAUGGGGGGCCGUCUGCUGUCCUGCCUGCUGCUGGGGCUGCCGCUGGUGCUGCACCCCGUCAUCUUCCUGCGGCUGCUGCUGCACAGGCUGCUGACAUCGAUGCACCACCUCACCAAGUGGAAGUCCUGCACCUCGCGCUCCUCCUGGACCUCCCAUUCUUCCAGGGCGCGCUCGCGCACCUCCUCCUCGGAGACGGACGCCUCCACGCUUCGCAAGCGGCGCCGCGUCAACCUCACGCUGGACUUCGCCGAGGCGUGCCCCGAGGAAACCGCGGCGCCCUCCCCAGCACGACCGCCGCGCCCAGCCCCCUCAGUGCUGCGCGCUAACAGUGAGGAGGCGCCGCCGCGUAACCGCAAGCCCUCCACCCCGGGGGGCGGCGGCCGCAGAUUUCGAGACACCCUUGUAGCAGCCAUCAGCACCACGGACGUCAGCGUCACCCUGCAGCAGCUACUGCCCGUGCGUCUCCGCCCCGCAGACUCCCACAACUCCAUCAGCUCGUCUUCAAAAGCCACCACGCCCUCGGGCUCCCCCUCCAUAUUCCCCAAGCGUAGCUUCAGGUUCUCCAGCCUGCACAAGAAGCGCUCCAAGUCUGUUCACGACCACAUCAACUCUUCAGGCUCGACGCCCAACAUCUCCCAGAGCAGGCAGGACCUGGCGUUGGCCGAGGAGGACAUCCUGGCCUUCCAGCGACAGCUCCAGAACCUGCCCUCCUACGAGCGCGUGGACGUGCCGGGCCUGGCCACGCCGCCCCCCUUCAGGCAGCGCUCCCGCUCCGUGCCUCGUGUCACCUUCGAGAGCAUGUCCACCCUGCUGGUGCCUCGCCCCUCGCCCAUCGGCCGCUCGCCCACCUCCACCGCCCACCUGCUGCCCACCACCCUCACCCUGCCGCCCUCACCACACCUCUCCCCAACCUCAGCCCUCCUCUCUCCCUCUCACUCCGUCCUCCUCUCCCCAUCUAACUCCGCCCACAACAUCGCCGCCUCCACGCCCCUGCACUCCCCCGGGGGCCUUGCCUCCCCAAACUCCCCCGCCUCUUCCCACGUGUCACCGGUGUCACAGCGGCAGAGCUCACCAUUUCUCUCCCCAGGCUCCCCUUACUCCCCACACUCUCUGCCCUCUCCUAGACUCCGCUCCCCAGCCCUCUCCCCCAUCGCGCCGCCCCGCUACCUCCCCGGGGAGGACGUGCCGCCGCUGUCCGCCCUGCCGGCCUCCCUGCAGGCGGGCGGCGAGGAGCUGCGGUCCUCACGCUCCAGCUCCGUCACGCCCACGCGCUACCGCCGCUUCGACUCCCCCGUGUACAUCGUGGUGGACAUCCCCGUGGUGCACCGCGCCGUGCUGCUCUGUGUCGAGGAGUGGCUGGAGAGUGGCGGAGUGGAGGUGGAGGGGAACCCAGUGGUGGCGCGGGAGCUGGGGGAGUUCCUGGCGAGAGUGGCGCAGUGUGGGGCGCCCUACCAGCAGUGGUGCGAGGAACUCAGACACCAUUGGAACAUCAGCGACCUGGACGGCAGCGAGGACGAGGAAGAUAGUGUGGAACAGAUCAACAAGGACUACUGCGCGUUGCAACAGCUUGUGGUCAGCGGCGAGGUGGCGUGCAGCAAGGAGGAGGCCGCGUCCCUUGCCUGCAUACAGCUACGAAUAGAAGAGACCUGGGCACCCCCUCAAUCCUCAGACCCACCUACCUCCGCCCACACCCACCAGACCCCCGACCCCACGCCCAUCACCACCCACCCCCCUCCUCAGGUCCACAUCCCCGCCACCACCACCACCUCAUCCUCCACCACCACCACCACUACUACCACCACCGCAAACCUCAAUACCUUUAAUUUCAAUGUAGCUAAUAGUGACACCUGUAGCUCGCAUCUGUCCACCCACACCACAACCUCCACCACCCAUGCCUCCUACCCACACCUGCCCUGCCCCAGCCCUCAGCCCCAUUCCCUGGUGCCCACGCCCACGGCUAACCACGGGGGAUUGUACCCUCCCCCACACUCACACCAAAAUGGAAAGGUACCGAGACGCGGGAAGCCACACACCUGUCGCUGCGCCGCCCCUCACCAGCCGCUGUGGUGCUUGGGGCGCGCCACCUGGCAGGCCGCGCAGGUGUUGGCAGGUGUGUCCAAGGUGUACUUGGACAGAGCCGCGUGUAUCCUGGCACACCUGAAGCAGCGCGUCAAGCAGGACACCGUUCAGCUCUCAGUGCCCUCUGUGCCUCUGGAGACCGUGCCGAGACGCCCCUCCUUCCAGCCCUACUAUGAGGACACCCCGAGGAGAGCGCAUCCCAUCCCCAUCUCUGACAGCUUCUUGGGGGGACCUGGAGACUUAUUCCGCGGGUGCUAUGGUGCAGUGGAUCCCCAUAAGAAAGGUGGCCAACCAGCAGCGGCUCUCCAGCGAUGCCUCCCGCCGCCUUACUGGAGGGCGAAGAACAUGGCCAGGCUUAUCAAGGAGCAGAAGAGGAAGCUGUUCCACACGCCCCUAUACGAUUCCGAAGUGGCGUUGAUGAAAUUGUACAUUCAGACGGUGAAAAGAUUGCCAGCCUUCGCGUGUCACCUCCACCACGUUAAGGAACUUCUACGUGGCAAGACUAAGAAGAAGGCCUCUCGUCUCCUGGGGAUCGGCACUACAAACAUCGUUCUCCUGGACACGAAGACCAAGAUUCUAGCAAAGGCGCAACACACACACGAUCUUCUGCAGUGGCGAACAGGUGGCGGCCGCUCCCAUGACCGCCUGGUGCUGGAGUUCAGGGGCACCAAGUGGACUUUUAGCGUGACGUCCCAUGACAGCCUCAGCCACCUCGGUCGUGCCCUGUGGUCCAUCCUGCAGAGUGAAGACCCUCUGCCCUACAUCGCCUCCACCUCCCACCACCACCACCACCACCACCACCACCAUCACCACCACCACCACCACAGGAUAGCAGGGGAGCUCACGGGGCGCCCUGGGUCUGGCCUCGACAUGCUGUACUCUGAGGAGCUGGAGGGCCUGCAGAAACUCCUCCAUUUUCCCGAAGAAGUGGCGCUUAAACUGACGGAGGUGGAGUACGAUUUGUAUUACCGUGUCCCGCCCAUUGCCUACAUCAGACACGUGACCAGUGACCUCCGACCGCCCCGCCACGCCCAGCCCCCGAGCUACACCCAGACCGUCGCUCACCUGACCAAACGCUUCAAGGAGGUGUCGUCAUGGAUAACCCACGUGAUAGUGUCUCAGCCUACCCACGAGGACAGGAAGGCCGUGCUGUCCUGCAUCCUGCGUGUGGCCCUGUCCUGUUGGAAUAUGGCCAACUUCAACGGAGCCAUGGAGAUCAUCACGGGACUCAAGUCGGAGAAGCUGAAGCCCUUUUGGUUGAGUCUGGAGAACGAACAGCUGCCGGUGCUAGACUUCCUGACGGCGGCACUGCUGGGGGAGGGGCGGACUCACUACGAGGCCGCCCUGGACCGCGCCCUCAUGAUGCCCGAGACUAGAGUGGUGCCCUUCUUCGGUUCCUUCCUGCGUGACCUCACCAGGAUUCUUCAGGGAACUCCUUCCCUCGUGGUGCUGGCUGAAGAUGGGCAGGAGGUGGAGUUUAUCUCCGACUACUGUGGCGAGGACGGCUUCUUCACGCGGAUUGGCCCAGGUGGACUCAUCAACAUGGCCAAGAUCUACGAGGCACAGCAGGUGGUGGAGCGACUGGCCACCUUCCACCAACACUACGUGGCGCGCUCCAACCACCUCGCCCACACCAUGAUCAAGGACUCCCUCAGCGGCGGAGGGGACGUGGGCGGGUCUGGCGGCAGCGUAGUGAGCAGUGGCGGUGGUGCUGGUGGUGUAGGGGGCAUGGACAGCGAUGGUGAUGGCGAGCUGGAGGACUACCACCCAGUACAGCCACUCACCCACGACCACGGUGUCACCCUCAUCCCCUACAGGUCCACCGUGGGGCUCGACCUUCACACUCUGCAGAUCCUGCACCACGGCACCACGGUGAUUAACUGGGACCCAGAGAGUGGCCGAAGCUGUCUGGUGUACCUGCGCCUGGAGAGGAGCAACGGGACCCUCACCUGGUGUCGCCCGCCCUGGUCAGCACUGAAGGCAGGGCACUCUUCCUCCCAGCCUGACUACGUUCUCAGCACCAACCCUGAAGAUGUGGUGUCCCCCGGCCUGCUGCAUAUGUACUCCGAGGCACCUGACGUCAGUGGCGGCGUCCCUGAGGAGGGCUUCAUCCAGGUGUCCUGCCUGAAGGAGGUGGAGCCGGGAGUGCGAGAUGCUAAUUUUGGCGCCGUCGCUCGCAGGUACCUUAUGGAGGCGUCUCAGCCCCAGGAGCACUGCGUCACCCUCAUCUACGGCCCCAACCUUGCUGACAACAGGAUCAUGGUGCUGGUGGCGCCGCCCUCUGUGGCCAGGCUGUGGUGUCAGGGACUACAGGUGUUGGUUCGGGCACAGCGUCGCCUGGCCAGUGUGUGUGACAAGCGACUCACAUGGCUCAAGGAACAGUACCUCAAGCUGUACUUCGAGUAUGAGACGUGCAGCGGCCCCAAACCAGCCGAGGCCAUCAAGAUCUUUGGCGGCAGGAACUGGGGAACCUCCACGGCAGGAAGCAUGUCCCCGCAGGAUCCCAUCACCAAACGAGGGUCGGGGAGCACCAAGCUAAGGAAACUAAAGUCACAAGCCACCAUCCCUGUUUCCAAGGAUGGAACUAAAUGUAUGGAGGAGAUGCGAGUGGUGCCUUCCCCAGCCCUCUCCAACACUAGUCGUCGCACGGUCCUCCCCACGCCCGCCCACUCCACCCACCCCUCCCCGCCGCGCUCCCGUUCCUGUGAUGCUGCCUCCGAGCAUCUCAUCGCCUCCCACACCACGCCACACCUCCCCUCGCCCGCCGUGCCCAGACCCUCCUAUGAUCCUGCCACGGGUCUUCCCUCUCCCCUGCAGCAGGCUAUUGGGGAGCGCAGCAGGUCUAGCGGGACGGGCAACGGUGGGGAGUUCAUGCCAGUGGCACCUCGUGGCUUCCGGGGUGAGAGCAUCACACAGGCGGCGGAGCUGGACUUCACGGACUUUGUGGUGCUGUACAAGUCAUUUAGUCUGCGUGCGAGGAACGACCUUCGAGAACUUUUCAAGACUCUUGCUGUGACACGUAAGAGCUUGUCCGACAGUUCCCUGGAUGACCCCGGCCUCAGCCCCUCCUCGCCCCCAACCAGCCCUGCCCAGAGGCAUCCGCCCUUAGCUAAGCCUUCGCUGGGCCUGUUGACACGGAACACUUCCCUUGACCUCCUCGUCUUCAGAAACAAUUGCCACAAGAAGAAGAUUUUUGAUGCCGUUGCUGCUGCCAGCAUCGUCACCAACUGUGCUGGCCUGGACAGCUCUAAGAGUCAGGUGGUGACGCUGGCAGAGCUGAGGCGGUUCCUGGAGGAGCAACAGGGGACUCGCAACCUGGAGGAGGUGCGCAGCCUUCUCUACAGACACGAACCUGAUCCAGCGCUUAGGACGCAGGAUCUCAUGUCAUUCGAGGGCUUUGCAAGAUUCAUGAUGGACGAGGACAACUAUGCCUUCCCGAAUGAGAAAAUGAUACCCGAUGAGGAUGAGAUGAACAUGCCCCUCUCCAACUACUACAUCGCCUCCUCCCACAACACCUACCUGACGGGACACCAGCUGAAGGGCGAGUCCUCGGUGGAGCUGUACAGCCAGGUGUUACUGACAGGGUGCCGCUGCGUCGAGCUGGACUGCUGGGAUGGCGAUGAUGGCUCCCCGAUGAUCUACCACGGCCACACCUUCACCACUAAGAUUCCCUUCAGGAGUGUAGUGGAGACCAUCAAUCGCAGUGCCUUCGUCACCUCGCCCUACCCCAUCAUCCUGUCCAUCGAGAACCACUGCUCCCUCCCGCAGCAGUCAAGGAUGGCCAACAUAUUCAUGCAGGUGUUUGGCGAGAAGCUGGUCACCAAGUUUCUCUUUGAGGCGGACUUCUCUGAGGACGUGCAUUUGCCCAGCCCCUCACAACUCAAGUAUCGCAUCUUGAUCAAGAACAAGAAGUUGGUGGCGGACGUGGGGCGUGACGGUCUCUCCUCCAAGGGCACCUCCAACCGAUCUCCAGGCCGAACCAACUCUCUAGUCAGCAACACAUCCACCGGCUCCUUAAACGACCCAGAGUCUGAUGAUGAGGACGAGGAUGAUGACUAUGAUGAUGAGGAACACAACCCCUUUGAGCUGGCCCACGACACCCUGUUUGAGGACGACAAGCACUGCUCCUCGCUCAUCAAGAGUGUGUCCAUGGGCACGAGGACCGAGUCACUGUCCAGUGCUGAGGGCAGCCGCUUUCGUCCAAAAUCCCAGAGUGAUGACCAUCUGGAAGGGGAAGAGUUGCCACCUCCGAAGUAUAAGAAGCAAAGCAGCCAGAUUGCCAAGGAACUCUCGGACCUCGUCAACUACUGUCAGGCUGUCAAGUUUCACGGCUUCAACCUCUCCAGUCCCAGAGAGUCAGUCAAGGGGAAAAAGAUGGGUGGCCGGAAGAGCACCGUGCAGCCCCCAAUCAUCACCAACACCCCCAUACUGGUACAUUCCCAGGUGGCCUCAGACCCCAGCCGUCUGGAGCCUAUCCUGCAGCCGCCCAUCCUGAAACGUGCCAUGGGCGUGCAUCCGUGCUACCAGUGCUCUUCACUCAAUGAAAAUUCAGCUAAGAGGUUGUGUCGCCGGCAGCCGCUGGACGCCCUGCAACACACCGAGACACAGCUGAUGCGCACCUACCCUGCUGCCAUGCGCAUCGACUCCUCCAAUUUCAACCCACUGUACUUCUGGGCUUUUGGUAUACAGAUGGCAGCACUCAACUACCAGACAGACGACACCUACCUCCACCUCAACUCGGCCAUGUUUGAGCAGAACGGCCGCUGUGGGUAUGUGCUCAAGCCCAGGGUGAUGUGGGACUACAACCACAUGAUGUACCGACGCUUCAAUCCGUUUGACAAGGAGUUUGACGGCCUGCACGUCCUGAACCUGAGGGUUUCCAUCAUCUCGGGCCAGUACGUGUGUCAAGACAACUUCCAGGGCAGUCCUCAGGUGGAGGUGGAGAUCCUGGGCAUCCCAGUAGACUGUCUCAAGUUCAAGACAAAGGUGGUGCAGCGCAACUCCUUCAAUCCCAUCUGGAAUGACACUUUCAACAUCCACGUCAUGUUCAAGGAUCUCGCCUUCCUGCGACUCACAGUCACAGACACCAGCACGGGGCACACCACGGCGCUCCGCAUUCUGCCGCUGCGGUGCCUCCGCCGCGGUUACAGACACGUACGUUUGCGUAACUUACAAAACCAGCCACUUCCGGUGUCCACUUUGUUCAUUUACACACUAAUGGAAGAGGAGGAAUACGAGAUACAGCAACUGUCACCUGGCCAUGAUCCCACUACACAGGACUCCACGCUAAAGGAGGCCCACGUGGAGCACCAGGAUGUGACACCAACUGUGGCACUGAAGCGCCGGAAAUUUUUCGUAAAGAUUCACGGAGUGGUGCCUGACGAGCCAUACACAGUGAUCAGCGCCACGCAGGAAUGCACAGCAAGGGACGUCAUCAACAAAGCUAUGGUCAAGAUAGGCAAGGGUGCACGCAUCGAGGACUACAUCCUUAUUGAAGAGGUGGCCAAAGGAUGGCAGCGCAAAGGGGACAAUCCAACAACACAGCGCAUUCUUGACAUGAAUGAGCGGCCGCUGGAGGCGCAGGCGCACUGGCAGGGCGACGGCAAGUUUGUGCUAAAGAAGACCUCAGAUGACCCGAGCACCCGUGCAUGGCUCACCACCAUCAUGAAGAAAAAGCGUGGCGCAACAGAGGGCGAGGUGACAGAGGAAGCAAAAGGUUGGGAGGAGGAGGACACCUUCCUAGUGUGUGUGUACAAUGUAGCCUCACAGAUUCCUUAUACAAUCUUAAAGGCACCGACUUCCAGCACGGCACAGGACAUCCUAGCACAGGCGCUGGUCAAGGCACGCCGCAUGGAAGACCCUACCCGCUUUGUGCUGGUGGAGGAGCUGGAAUACGGCCAGCUGACAGAGAUGGCGGGCAGCUCAGCCAAGAAACGUUGUCCACGUGUGGAGCGGCGCGUCCUUCCUGACAACCAAAACAUCUACAAGGUGCAAGCAGGAUGGCAGACAUUAGGUAAGCUGGUGCUGCGGGAGCGAGGCACCCCGCUGGACGGUACUCUCAGCCGCGCAUCAGCCGCUGCAUCGGCCCUCUCCUCCACUCUCUCCACCGCCUUCAGCCGCGUCAGUCGCUCGCGGCAUCACGAGCGGCGGCCAGUCAAAGAGACUUACAGUGACCCAAGCGCCUUGGCAGCAGGUCACGACGCUUACCAGGACCAUCGCCGCUUCAAGAGUAUGCACGAAACGUGGCGUGGUACAGGAGGCACCAGUGGAGCACACUCGGAAGGAGAAAUCCUCUCAGAUGACGACCAUCCAGCUGCUGACAUUCGCGCCGCUGUCCACAAGCUGAAGAAAGUCUCGCUCAAAAAGUUUCAGCGAGUAUGGAGAUAAUGGGUACCCGGGGGGGCGGGGACCGGGGGACACUCCACGGAGGCCCCUUCGCAGACUCUGCCCCGGACUCUGUCUGGUGAAAAACUAUUUUGCCGAUGAGAUUUGAGUCCUACAGAAGGAACUUGAGAAUGGUGACGCCAGUACUGGUACUUGGCGUGCUCCGAAAAAGCAUGCCCCACCCCGUCCCGCUCCACCCGGGCCCGGAGCCGGCAGCGUGGCGGCUGGGACAAUCGCUAAACCAAAGACCCACACAUAGACCAUCUCCUCCUCAGGCUUCCCUGCCACGUCAGGCAGUGGCCGUGUUUGGAAGAGACAAUACAAUAAGUUUUCUUGGACACCCAUGUGAUGCAGACUCUUUCAUUAGAGGCUCUAGGACCAAGGGUUUUUUUAGCUGUUUGUGCGGCAAGUGAGUGGGAGAAUAGCAGGCGCGUGGCGGCAGGAACAGGCGUGUCCUGCCCGUGAGCACUUGUGAUCGUAACUGUAGAUAGUCCUGACAGUGAGAAUAAGCCAUCCAAGUGUUUUGUAGUGUGCAGCAGCAGCAGCAGUGCAUGGGAGCAGUGACGCCGGCAGGAUGAGAAGGGCGGCGCUGCGGGUCCAGGGUGUGCAUUGUGCAAGAGCUGUGAGUGAGUGGGCAAUUGACGGGCGGCGGGCAGACGUCACGUGCUGCCCGGAGGCUUGCUGGGGAUGGAUUCAAACUUCAAAGAUUCUCGUGUAAAUACUGUGUACAAAUAUGGUCUGGUCCUGUACAUUACCCCGCUCCCCCUUAAAGGAAAUAUUUUGCAUAAAUACCUCCUCCUCCUGGUGUUGUAUCGACCGUUCAGUGUUUUUGUCGUCUUGGUGUUGGCUGAGUUGUUUUGUAGGCGAGCGUGAGCAUAUCUCCUUUAUUAUUAUUAUUAUUAUUAUUAUUAUUAUUAUUAUUAUUAUUAUUAUUAUUAUUAUUAUUAUUAUUAUUAUUAUUAUUAUUAUUAUUAUUAUUAUUAUUAUCAUUCGCGUCGUUCUUGAUAAUAUAUGCAUAUCAAGUUAACGGUAAGGAGAGAAGAGGACGUUAAGACAACCUUUGUAACAGCCUCCUGAGUGAGUGUUGUGUUCUCGUCUAUUUAUUUAUUUAUUUAUUGGUGUGUUUCAUUGAUGAACCAACUUAUUGAGAUUCCAAAGAGCUCGAUCAAGACUCCGACACGUGGUCAGUGAUGCAUUUAUCCGUGGCAUUCACCAAGGCAUUAAGGGGCCGCCCCGGCGGGCCCCAAACCAUGCAUGCUUUCCUCCCGAGAGAGAUUUCUAUAUAAAUAUAUAAAUAUAUAUAUUUACAUGUCUAGAGGUUUUAAAAAAUAAGAAGCAAAACAAAGAGAGAGAGAAUGCAUUAUUGCCAUACUUAAAACGGGUUCCAUAAUAUAUUUUUUAGUCAUUUACAAAGGGUGACAGGGUGAAGAUUUGCCGCUGAUCAAAAUCUUUUUAAUGUAUUUGUGACUUCCAGAUUGUUAUAAGCAUAUUUUUUAUUUUUGUUAAGACACUUAGGAUACGCAUGUCUUGAUGCUUUAUAAAAGAGAAGUUAUAUUCGUCAUUACUAAUAUAUAUAUAUAUAUAUAUAUAUAUAUAUAUAUAUAUAUAUAUAUAUAUAUAUAUAUAUAUAUAUAUAUAUAAAUAAAUAAAUAAAUAAAUAACUGAAAGUGAGUCAAAGCUCAAAGUAGACUAGAGAUCCAGUUUUUAUGGCGGGGAAAGAAGCAAAAAAUACAAAAUGGAGAUAAUUUAUUAAUCUACUUACGUCGUCUUCAAAUGAGUACUUUUCCCCAAUACUUUGCACAAAUCUUUUUAGAGUUACGUAAACCUCUUCCAUAAUGAUAUUUUUCUAAAUUUCAUAAUAUAUAUAUACGUAUCUAUAAACGUAGACGUCUAGCGAGUAGUGAGAGGCGUUUCGGAAGGAUAAGAAUGUUACCACUUAUCUAGUGUCAAAACAAAUAAUUUACUUCUGUAUUUUCUUCUCAUUUGUGUACUCGUUAGGUCUCAAGAGAGGUCAUUUAUAUAUUUUUAUUUUCCCUAUUUUUCUUUCUUUCCUUGCAUGUUCAUCCUUUUAUCUUUUCCUUACCUCUCUCGUAUAAUAUGUAGGGAUAUAUAUACAUUUUUUUUUUUUUUCUGGGUGAGGCUUUUCUUUCUUAUAAUCCAUCACCAUCUGUUCUCUAAUCCGACUCGCCCCGAACGCUAUAAGAUAAUAAUGACAAACUGAAGUCCACUCAUGAUAACUUCGUCCAUUCUCUCAUAGCUGUUCCUUCGUCUAUGGUUAUUUUUCACUUAAUGAUGCUGUUACUAUUACUACGUGUUUCCUCGCAUUACUUCCCUUAUUCUCGUCAUUCUUUGCGUGUCGUCUUGUUGAUCAUUAAUUCAUCCUGUUUCGAUGUGCGUUGCGACAAAAAAAAAUUCUGUGUACGUUCUUUUUUUUUAUGUGAAGGGGAAUAAGUGAUGUUUCUUUGUUUCUCUCUUCCGAGUCACUCACCUCAGUAAGUAACAAUAAUGACGAUAAUAAUGUUAACUAAUAAAGAAAUGGAGAUGUAUAAACAAGAGUGGAGUGGAAAGAAAUAAUAAUGAUACACUAUAAUGACGCUAUGCUAUAAGAAAAGAUAAUAAUUUCUUCUGUGUCUUAAUCAAGCGGGAGUCAUGUUCAGCUUUUUCCUUGUCUUUGUGGAAAAUAAUCUCUUCAAACUAAGAAUCACAAUUUCGCGGGGAAUAACAAAAAAGGAUCAAAUGAAUACCUAUACUACAGACCAAACGACACAGCGCUCGGCCUCCUCCCACGGCAGCCACCUCGCCCUCCAGCCUUCCAACCCUCCACCCCUACAUCCCUUCACGCAAACCCAAGCAGUGUAUGUUUGUUAAAGAAUAAAGACAUCCUAGGCCUAUUCCGCAAGUGUAAUAAUUUUCAGUAUUGUAAUUAUGAGGAUUUUUUUCAAGAUUAUUCAGUGGUUUCAUUAUGUAAUUCGUGUAUUACUAAUAUUUUCUAUAACAUAUUUGAGUGGGCGGUCUUUAUUACAGUUUUCCUUGCUUUUGAAAUAAGCCAUGUCGAAUCAGAUUUAUUGACUAAUUGCCUCAUGAAUUCCUGAGUUUGUUCAAGUGGGACAUUCUUAAUAACAUACUUUUAUUGGCUUCAAGACUGCAGCAAUGUCUCAUAAUCCAAAUCAUAGGUUAUUUCUGGUUCUAUCCAUGGUGUGCUCUUUGCGAGGGCGGCGUGGUGCCUGGCGUGGGGCGCUCUGGCUGAUCUUGCUCAACGCACCGCUUUUUGUAGCUUGAUCCCCUCACCUCACAUUCUCCUUUCCUACCACCUCAUCCUUUUGCUUUUUUAACCUGUGGACAUUUUUUCGCUGAUAAAAGAGUGAGUUUCAGAGCUACAUGGAAAGGCAAAUAAUGGUUUUUCAUAUCAAGAUUGGACUGGAGGAAUGCGUGGCGUUGUUUAUGUCUAACGCGAGCACGUGGCUCCUUGCACCGUGUUUUGUAGUCACAUCACUGCGAUUUACUCUGGCACUAGUGUGUGUGUGUGUGUUCAAGUGUGGAUUGUGGGUCUGCUAUAAACUCCUGACCGGCAGAAGUUUGAUGUAAAGCGCUGGAGCAAGUGCAAGGUGAGAAAUGAGAUGUUGAACUUGUUAAUCUACUUCCCCGCAGUGACGAGUGCGCGGUAAUACUGUUGACUUUCACGUCUUGUUCUCCCAUUUUCUCUCUCCAUUGCCUUCCAACGCUCGGAAACAAGCAGGAAUUCUUAAGAUAGGAUGGGUUGCUGUAUGUAUUCUUGAGCAUGUGGGCGUCUCAAUUUUAAUAGGAUGUAUUGGAAAUUAACGUAGUUUUCAGUGUUAUUCUAGUGAUAGUUUUACUGUGAACUCUGAUGACUAAGAAGAUGGAAUUAAAAUCAGACUCUUCAUCGCUCUUUUUCCUUUGAAAUAAUUGUAAUGAGACGCCCAGAGUGUUUCAAGUAUACGAGGCUACACCCUUAUGUUUUCAGAUUGAGCAAGAAAGAGUUGUGGCGAAAGAUACUGAUGUGAUCGUUUUGUUCAUAUGCAAAGGGCUGGCGAAGAAAUCAUGUCUGGUUAUAUUAAGAUUAGCAUUUGUUUGUUAAUGCAUUGUCAAGGUGGGUGAAUUGAGUUGGUCGUGUAGUGAGUAAAGACGGUUUACAGUGAGCUUUGGUAUUUUGUGUGUGUUUGUAUUGUUGGUGUGUCCUUGCUGAGAACUGAUUGGUGAUUGUAGCUUGUAAGAUAUGAAAAUUCUCUCUCUCUCUCUCUCUCUCUCUCUCUCUCUCUCUCUCUCUCUCUCUCUCUCUCUUGUCCAGUGCCUGCAGGGCCAGUGUCAUUUUGGAGAAGUGGAUUGUGUUAUUUUCAUCGUGUUCUGUCCUUUCCUGUGUCAUCACCAUCAUCAUCCCAUGUUAUUAUUAUUAUUAUUAUUAUUAUUAUUAUUAUUAUUAUUAUUCUCAACGUAAUCAUCAAUCCAUUUCUGUAUUUUGUCGAAUUAAAAGCGUCCGUCGUGUUGUCCCUUUAAGAAUAUAAUAAAAAAAGAUCAAUUAUUUGUCGUAGGUAAUAAUAGGAAUAAGUCGCCUUGUCUUUCCAUAACUUAAUACAUAAUUUCCACUGUAACGAUUUUUCCUCCACUCUUGUUUAUUUUUUUUAUACCCUUUACCAAGACAGCAAAAAAGACGUACACAAUAAUACUAAUUGACAGCCGUACGUGUGAGACUGUUGUUAGCAUGUUCCCAGCAUUCACACACACACACACACACACACACACACACACACACACACCUACCUAUAUACUGGGUCACACUCCAAGUUGUAAAUUUUGUACGUAUUUGUAAAUAGACUUCUGAAACAUCCCAGUGAGAGUAUGAUAAACAAAAGUACGAUAAUAGCCAUGUGUAAACAAACUCCCCAUCCCCAACUACCACCACCAGUACCACCACCACCACCACCACCCUCCCUUUAGGAACCGAACGUUUCUUGGUCGUAGUCGUCGCGUGUGUAAAGUUUUCGUCCUUACGUUUUGCUACUCCUUUCGUUCUCCCCUUUUGGUGCAUUCGUUAUUCGUGUGGAACAUUAGUAAUAACGAUUAAUGAACAAAGACUUUUAAAUAGUUGCAGUUUCUAUUUCAAGAUAUUUAUAUGGAUGUGACUUCUUUCAUCCCUCCCCCUUUCCUUCUCCAUUUUUUUUUUUCUUUUAUCGACCCUCCCCCUCUUCCCCCCUCCCCUUCCCAAAGAAUAUAUAGACUAUACAAGCGACUGAUGUCAGUUGCUUAUAAUGUUUUCUUUUGAAAAAUUAUAUUCAGUCCUCUAAAAAAGAUGAUCUAAUAUCCAAAUACUACUUUGUUGUUGUUAUCUGUUGUGCCACAUCACUAAAAAGUUUAUAAUAAAUAUACAUAUAACUAAUAAUGAAAUAAUAUAUUACCCGAGUAAAUGUUUUCUACUUUUGAUAUCAAAGUUGGGUUUACAUAAUGCUGGUCAACAUUUCAUUAUAAUUUAUUAUUAUUAUUAUUAUUAUUAUUAUUAUUAUUAUUAUUAUUAUUAUUAUAGUAAAAUUAUAAUCAGUCUGUUGGUUGUAUGUUGUAGAUCACUUUACAUAGAAAUAAAAACUAUUAUCUUGAGG